UACCACGGUCGCUGUUUUUUUAUCUUUACCGCGAAUCGUCUCGUGGCCCACCCCCUCUCUCUUUAAAAAAAUCCAUUUCUCGACGAUGGAAAAUUAGGCGAAAAGGGGGCCGAAAAAGGACGACAGGCGAGGGGAGAGGGGCCACGGGGCGAUCGCGGAGAGAGAGGGAGGGAAGAGCAAGAGAGCUUGCGACCGUCUUUGCUUGCCCAUGGCGACGUAGGCGAAGAAGGGGGAGCCGAGAUCCAUGGCGAAGGCGGCGAUGGCUUCCCUCUGAGACGACUGCCCGGCGGACCUUCCUUAUUUGUGCCAACCUGUCGCUGGAUUCACUUCUUUUCUGUUGUCCUCUCGGUUGUCGUCGUCGUUCGCUUCCGUUUCGGGUUGCGACCGGAGGCGCCCUUGGUUUGGUCUCGGAAGAAACCCUAAUCUUGCCGCAUCGUCUUCUCAGUGGCUCUCCAUAUUUCAUUGCAGGAGUAGUUGAGGUACAUGGCUUCCACUACAAGAUGGUUCUUUUUCUUCCUUGAGUUAAGCUUUUUGGCGUGUGAUGGUUAUUCUCAGCCAUGCCCAAACUGGAGUGUGAAGGUUGUUAAUAAUGCUCUAUAAGAAUGAAAAAUGGAACUUGAACUUGAGAAGAGAUUUCCAGCUAAUCCUAAAGAUUACAAGUUGUGCGAGGAAAUUGGAGAAGGUGUCAGUGCCACUGUAUACAGGGCUCUCUGUAUUCCGCUUAAUGAAACAGUUGCUAUCAAGGUUCUUGACCUUGAGAAGUGCAAUAAUGACCUGGAUGGAAUAAGGCAUGAAGUACAAACCAUGAGCUUGAUCAAUCAUCCAAAUGUCCUACGUGCUCAUUGCUCUUUCACAGCAAAUCACAACCUAUGGGUUGUGAUGCCAUACAUGGCUGGUGGAUCUGCCCUUCAUAUAAUGAAAUCUGCUUAUCCAGAAGGUUUUGAGGAGCCAGUUAUUGCAACCCUUUUACGUGAAGUUCUUAAAGCUCUUAUUUAUCUCCAUUCUCAUGGGCAUAUCCACAGAGAUGUGAAGGCUGGGAAUAUCUUAAUUGAUGUUAAUGGAGCUGUUAAGCUAGCAGACUUUGGGGUCUCAGCUUGCAUGUUUGAUACUGGAGAUAGGCAACGGUCAAGAAAUACCUUUGUUGGGACUCCUUGCUGGAUGGCUCCUGAAGUAAUGCAGCAGCUACAUGGAUAUGAUUUUAAAGCAGAUAUUUGGUCGUUUGGCAUAACUGCACUAGAACUUGCCCAUGGUCAUGCUCCAUUUUCCAAGUAUCCUCCAAUGAAGGUGUUGCUUAUGACCUUACAAAAUGUGCCUCCAGGUCUUGACUAUGAAAGGGACAAAAGAUUCUCAAAGUCCUUCAAAGAGAUGGUAGCUACCUGCUUAGUGAAGGAUCCAAAGAAGCGUCCCACUUCACAAAAGCUUUUGAAGCAUCCUUUCUUCAAGCAUGCUCAUUCAAAUGAAUAUCUUGCACGGACUAUUCUUGAUGACCGGUCUCCACUUGGUGAUCGUUUUAGGGCAUUGAAGGGAAAAGAGGCCAAUUUUUUCCUACAGAAUAAGCCUGUAUCUGCUGAUAAGGAACAAUUGUCACAGAAAGAGUACAUACGUGGAAUCAGCGCUUGGAACUUCAAUCUGGAGGACUUAAAAACUCAGGCUGCUCUUAUUGAGUCUUCAGAUGACAUACUCCACUCAGAAGAUGCAGAUAAUAACCACAAGCUUAAGGAUGGCUUUGAUGGUGUUGAUUUUUCACGGGAGGUUUUGUUAUCUGAAAGGGUUAACCACUCCAGCGCCACAACUUCUAGGGAGGGCGGACUAGUAGAUCUUCAAGAUUUGGAUGGUCCAUUUGCUUCCGCAUUUCCUAUUCAACCUCUUCAGGCACUCAAAGUUUGUUUUGAUGUUUGUGAGGAUGAUACAAGUGCUACCAGUGCUGAUUGGAAGGGGCAGUCAAAUUCAGAGUCCAUACUCCCUUUGCAGCAGUCAUUACUGGCAGAAGAUGUCAGAUUGCGCAAGUGUAAUGGUGAAAAUAUGGAAAGAAAUAGUUCUGUACCAACAAAUAUCGACAUUCUUGGGCACCAGAAAUUCUCAAGUGGUUCCCUUUUACCAGAGCAUGUUCUUUCUCCUUAUAGAAACAAUACAGGGGAGAGUGAUGGGGAUGAUUUACAGCUGAAAUAUCAGCCUGAAAGGAACCAUAGUGGUCCCCUGUUACACCGUCAAAUGAAAGAUCCACAUAAUGUAUCCGCGUUUUCUCAUGAGGAAUCAUCAAAAGGAAAAGUUGUCCAGUGUAAGGGGCGGUUCAAGGUUACAUCUGCUGAUGCUGGUCCCAAGGUAGCUCCACCAGCAAACUACAUGAUCAAUCCAGUAGGUGGAGAACCAAAAAAAUCUACAGUACAUGCUGCUUCACUUCUUCAAAUGUUGCAAUUUUUAUUGCAGCAAAAUGCUAUGCAAAAGGAACAACUGAUUACAUUGAUCAAGUGUGUGGAGCAAGCAUCUGGUUGUCAAACAAGUGUUUCUGAUGUAGGCACUAGUGAUUUAUCACAGCUAUCUCUAGCUUCUAGUAGGGAGACGGAACUGCAGGCUUAUCUGGCCCAUCUGCAACUAAGCAUUGGAAAACUUUCUGAAGAGGUGCAAAGGUUAAAGUUGAAAAAUGUUCAGCUAGAACAACAAAUCAAUGCUUUGUAUGAGGAGAGGAAAAACACAGGGAUGACAUUAUCACCAAAGAAGAAGCUGCAACACAGGAUUUCUCGUGGAACUUGAAUUCGUUAUCUUCAACGAUUGUUAGGACGUAAUAUCUUUGUACAAUUAUGAUGCCGGUUAAGUGACGCCCAUCCAAUUUUGCAUCGUUGUUUUCGUGGGAAACUUAAUCUUGUAAGUUAAUUAUUAUGUGGUUUAUUUAUGUUAAUUUAUUUCUACAAAA